AUGGCUACAUUAUGUGAAGAUAACGGGUGGGGUCGUGUCAGUAGCAAAGCUGCUCAAAUUGUCGAUAAUCACUUGGCCUGGAAAAAAACGAAUCGAGAAAAGAGAGCGCGAAUGAGAGCUACUAUGGAGGCGAAAAAGUACGGUCGAAAUGAGGACGACACUGCGCGACCCAGUCAAAGCAGCUCUACACCUGAACAAAGCACUGUAACAAGUGAGGUUGCAGAACCCAGUUCUGUACCCAUGAACGGUGGCCAGCGCGAAGGCGCGGUCAGAGAUGCGAGUGGUAGCGGAUUUGACUAUUCAGAAGACGUUGCUACUAGUCGAUACAACGUCCAAAUCCGUAUUGGGCCCAAUGGUGAAACCAUUAUCGACGAAGAGUCCCUGUUUGUGGAUAGGAAUACUGGCGAUGAUACAGCUGAUUACACUCAUGUCGAGGAGUCGGACGUCACCAAAUUUGUGAAUUCUGGGACGUAUGGGAGGCGUUUCCGAGGCACGCGGUGGAGUGCAGAAGAGACAGAGUUAUUCUACGAUGCGCUAUCGCAAUUUGGGGAGAACUACGAGUUAAUAUCGUAUGUGUUACCUGGUCGCGACCGCAAGUCAUGCAAGAACAAGUUCAAAGCGGAGGACAAGAAGAACCCAGCACGAAUCAAUUACUGCCUGAACAAUCGUCAGCCUUAUGAUAUGCAAACUUUGUCGCGAAUGACGGGAAGGGACUUUAGUGGCCCAACCCCUGAGAUCCGACCACCACCUGUUCUUACGCUCGCUGAAACGGAGGGGGAUCCAGCAGCGGGAGGCGCGAUUUCAAAGAAACGGAGCAAGACCCCUGUUCUAGAAGAUGAGGAAGAGGAAGUUCUUGGUGAUAUAUCCAGUGCUGAUUUUGCAGAGUAG